AUUAAAUGUGAUAUUGAAAAAAAAAUGUUGAUUCAAACUAUAAAUUAUUUGAGAGAUCCUCACUUGGUGGCACACAUUCAAGAGUUUUUUGGUAUUGAUGUACGAGAGUAUGAAAGAUUACAUCUGAAAGAAACGAGAAAAAAAUCAGACUGUAUCAAACAGCAAAAUGGAUGUGGAUCAGUAGAGCUACAUGAAUCUGAACUAAAUGGUUAUGUAUCAAAGAAUGUUCUUCAUCGUCAUUCAAAAAUACGCAACUUAUCAGAACCAGGAGAGAAUUCAAGUUCAACUAAUGAUGUUGAUACUUCUUCAUCUGAUAUCAAAGAAUUAAAGCCAUUAGUGAGAAACUACUUUUGGUAUUACUUAUUUUUGUUCAGCACAGAGCUUGGUGAUGAAAUAUUUUACACUACUUUUAUUCCAUUUGUUUUCUGGAAUAUUGAUGCUGUUGUCGGACGAAAAGUCGUCUUAGUUUGGUCGAUAAUCAUGACGAUUGGUCAAAUUUUAAAAGACAUUAUAUGCUGGCCUAGACCUGAAUGCCCUCCGGCAGUCAGACUUCAAAAAAAAUGGUCCGAGGAGUACGGCAUGCCAUCAACACAUGCAUGCAUUAGCGUCGCCAUCCCAUUUAGUAUGUUAAUUUUUACUACGAGUAGAUAUAACUGUCCAAUUGCUUUCGGAAUAACGAUCGUUCUGAUAUGGUGUUCAUUGAUAUGCAUCAGUCGACUUUAUCUAGGAAUGCACACAGUACUAGAUGUUAUCGCUGGAUUGCUUUUGGCGAUAAUUUUAAUGAUACCAUUGGUACCAUUAGCUAAUAUUCUAGACUAUUAUCUUACUAAUAAUUUUUGGGCUCUAUUUAUUUUAAUCUGUACAAGUAUUACUCUAAUUGUUUACUAUCCAUGUAGCGAUAGAUGGACAUCUACAAGGAGCGAUACGACAAUGGUAGUAUCUGUAGUUUCAGGAAUUAACUUUGGCACAUGGCUUAACAAUAAGACUGGAUUGAUGUUGCGUCCAUUAUCUUUACCGCCGUAUGAUAUAACGUGGCCGACGUUAGCAAUGUUUUUACAUAUGAUUUUAAGAACAGUUAUCGGAUUUUGUUGCAUGAUUCCCAAUAAAUACAUUUACAAAUAUUUUAUUUAUAAAAUAAUGUGUGCCAUACUGGGGAUUGAUGCUACAGAACUCAAAAAAAGUGAAAACUCUUUAGAAAAUAAGAAUAAAACUCUUGUUGAUUUACUCUAUAAAUUUAUAUUUAGUUUUAUGUUUGGUAUUUAUGCAAUAUAUUUUUUACCACGUUUGUUUUACGUAAUUGGGUUAGAAAGGCCUGCUUUUUAUACAGAAGUGUAAAAUAUACACUUUAUUUAACUAAUUUUAUUACU